AUGGACAGAAUCCAAGUGAUGGCUUUCAGACCAAUCCUUGAAGCUAAACUUAGAGAAUUGCUGCAUAAGAUUAGUUUACAUGAGAUUAAGCUAUGCUCUGAUGCUGCUAAAGAGUUUUCAAAGUUACUAAAAGGAGAAACCGGCGGCGAUUUGUUGCGUUUAUAUUUCUACAGAUCACCCGAAUGUUGGCAGCUUCGACAUGGCGGAAAACAAGGACUAUCGUGUAUAUUCCCGCUAAUCAAAACGAUUUUGAGCCCAUCCUUAGGGAAGAAGUAG